UGAGACCUGCACAUUCUGAAUGUGGUGUGAGCUACAAGCUAUCAGAUAACACGUCUGGCUUCGUCCAUGUCUGUAGGUGCAGUUGUGUGUGGAGGGGGUGGGGAGAGAGGCAGCACCUGAGAUAAAAAAGGUAGAGGAACAUUUUCUCCACCUUUUCUUCUUCCACUGUGAGGCCAGACGGCAGGAUGCGAUCCGGCUGGGUUAAACCUCUACUCCUGGUCUGCGCUGUGGCUUCGGCCCUGCUGUACCUCGGCUCCAUCAAGAGGGAGGUCCACAGCCACGGCGAGAGACUCCAGAGGGCCCACCAGAACGACUCCAUCAGGGGCCAGGGAAUGCUCCAGAGGAUGGAGAAGAUGGAGGCAGACAUCAACAGGCUGCUAAAUCUGAUGAAUAAGCUUGAAAAGAGGGAACCGGUGGCCGAGGUGAAGCCGGAGGUGAAGAAGGAGAGGAAGGUGGUGAGGAAGCUGUACCCGAACUCUGCUCUGUUCAGUAAGUGGGGCGACGAGCUGUCAGAGGAGGAGCAGAAGGAGGCCGAGAGGUUGUUUCAGAGAUACGGAUACAACGCCUUCCUCAGCGACAGGCUUCCCCUCAACAGAGAGAUCCCCGACACCCGGCCGCCCAGAUGUGCUGAUAAAACGUAUCCAGAGGAUCUGCCCACCGUCAGCGUUGUGUUGAUCUACCUGGAUGAAGCUCUUUCUGUCAUUAAAAGAGCCGUCCGCAGCAUCAUCGACAAAACUCCACAGCGGCUGCUGCAAGAAAUCAUCCUGGUGGACGACCACAGCAGCAACGAGGAUUUAAUGGAGAAACUGGACGAAUACAUCAACUCCAUCCACGAGGAGCGUCCAGACCUGGUGAAGAGAGUUCGGCACUCUCAGCAGCUCGGCCUCACUCAGGCCCGACUGUCGGGGUGGAGGAUGGCGACGGGAAACGUGGUGGCCAUCUUGGACGCUCACAUAGAAGUCCACGUUCAAUGGGCAGAGCCGCUGUUGGCUCGGAUUAAAGAGGAUCGCACUGUGAUACUGACGCCGGUUUUCGACAAAGUCAAUUUUGACGACUUGACUCUGAAUCCCUACAUACCUGCGGCCGACGCCUUCGACUGGGCUCUAUGGUGCAUGUACGAGUCCUUCAGGCCCGAGUGGUACGCACUAAAGGACGACUCACAGCCUGGCAAGAGCCCGUCCAUCAUGGGGAUACUUGUAGCUGAUCGCACGUUCUUUGGAGAGAUUGGAAGCCUUGAUGGAGGAAUGAAAAUAUACGGCGGUGAAAAUGUGGAGCUCGGCAUCCGGGUGUGGCUGUGUGGGGGAAGUAUAGAAGUUAUACCUUGCUCUAAAAUAGCUCACAUUGAACGAGCAUCAAAGCCUUACCUCCCAGACCUGAGCAUCAUGAUGAAGCGUAACGCACUGAGAGUGGCUGAGGUGUGGCUGGAUGAAUACAAGCACAAUGUCAACAUUGCCUGGAACCUUCCGAUCGAGAAUCACGGGAUAGACAUCGGGGAUGUGUCAGAGAGGAAGAAGCUGAGGGAGAGGCUGAAGUGUAAACCUUUUCAGUGGUAUCUUGAUAAUGUUUACCCCAUGCUGGACCCCCUGCAUAACCUGCUCGGUUAUGGAGCUCUCAUUAAUGAUCGGAAGCCAGAUCUCUGUGUGGACCAAGGCCCGAUGCCGGGGAACACACCUAUCUUAUAUCAAUGCCACUUCUACCAGCCUCAGCACUGUUUUUAUCGCACUGAUGGACAACUCUACAUCGGUGGAAUCAAAUCUCACAAGUACAACAACAACCGCUGUUUGGUGGACCUCGCGACUGGAGUCUAUCCAGGACUGUACGACUGCAAGGCGGCUCAGCAGAAGAAGUUUGCCAUGCUGUGGGAUUUUAAACAGGGAGGACCGAUCCAGAACAGGGAAACAAAGAGAUGUCUGGAAAUUGGGAUAGCUGAGGACGGCUAUUACAAACUUUUUGUGCAGAAGUGCAGUGGUCAGAACUGGAAGAUACAAAAUCUAAUUAAAAACAACUGAAGGACUGGUGGGCAGGUCUCAGAAGACAGUAUGAAAAAUGUGCUAUCAUUGCACAAAAACUGCACCUCAGGCCAGAGAAAGAUCUCUUUUUUUUUUUUUUUUUUUUACGACGACGAGAAUGACACGAUGUAUCAGCAAAAAACAUCUGCUUUGCUGAGAAGAAGUCAUCAGUUUUAUUUAUUUUAAUUAUUGUUUUUGCAAAUACAUGUUUGCCAAGUUUAACUUUGUCAUACAAAAUAUAAACUACCAUUGAGUAACUGA